AUGUCAUCACUUACACCUAGGAAUAUUCUUCAAGGCACCUAUUGGAAGUGUCGUAUUCUCAACCUUGUCAAGGGAGGUAACAUGCACAUCUCUAAUGUCUUCAAAGCCGAGGUUAUUCCACAUGAAAACUCUCAAAACACCUCUAAAUCCCUCAAAUCGGCUUUUAUGGAAAGAGCUUUACCUAACGAUACAGAACGUGAACUCCAUGCUUACUGUCUUCCUGGUGUCGCUCCCACUCAGUACUUCCGGAAAAUGUACGUGAUCGACGACAGCACUGUCGCCUUAGAAUACCUGGAUACCACUCUUACAGAGUUGAAAUACCAGCCUAAUAAUAUGGACACCAGUUCAAUUAUUGUUGCCGUUUAG